UUUGGUUUGUAAACAGAUGUGUAAAAUUACAAUUCCUGUUUAAAUUCAACUCUGUUAGUUCACCUUCAUCUUAUUUUUUUUUAAUAGUUUGUUAGGCUUUCUUUUCAUAGCCAUCAAUGUCUGAAGAAAUUACUUAUGCAGAUCUAAAAUUUCAGGAGUCCGGUAAAAAGGAAAAUAUCCAUGAGUUUGAUGGAGUUGGGAUAAAAGACACAGAGAGGUCAAGUGACUUGUCCAAAGUCUCACGUGAUAAGCAGAUCCAGCAUUCAAGCCCAGCACCACCUGCUCCUUCCCAUGGAUGGCGUCAGAGAGCCUUGGCUCUGACUCUUCUAUGUCUUCUGCUACUGGUUGGACUAGGAGUCUUAGGAAGCAUAUUUUACACAACUUUGAAGAUAGAAACAGGAAAAUUGAAUAAAAUGCAAAAUUUCAAAGAAGAACUUCAGAAAAAUGUUUCUCUGCAACUGAUACAUAACAAGAAUAGUUCCAAAAUGAUCAGGGACCUGUCGAUCACACUGCAGGAAAUAGCCACCAAAUUAUGUCAUGAGCUGUAUAAAAGAGAACCAGAGCACAAAUGUAAACCUUGUCCAAAGGCAUGGAUGUGGCAUGAGGACAGCUGUUACAGACUAAGUGACCAUUAUGAAACAUGGCAAAAGAGUGUCGUGUUCUGUUCUGCUCAAAAUGCCAGCCUGCUGACGAUUAAGAACAAAAGUGUGUUGGAAUUUAUAAAAUCCAAGAAAUUACGUAGAUACUGGCUGGGAUUACCUAACGGAGAAUAUCAAGAUUACCAAAACCUGGAUGAGACGAUUAUCUCCUCCAACUGGCUUACACAAAGGAGAAAUGACAUAAAUGAUAGGAUGUUUUGUGGGUAUAUAGAUACACAAUAUGUUUACUAUGGAGACUGUACUUUCAAACUGAAGUUUAUAUGCGAGAAGCUGGCUAAUCCAGUGGAGGUUAAGAGCACACUACUGAGUGAAAUACCAGAUGGAAAAUAUAGUUAGUGCAGGUAUUUCUCUAUUAUCCUGUGAUUCAGGCAACUUUAGGGAGCAUACGUCUUGCAGGUCACACAAAAGCAAUAAAGAAGCUGUGAGACUAAA